GUCCCCCCUCCCCGUGCUUCGGUACCGGCGGAUCGACGCGAUGGAGGUUUAUAUCCCGUCAUUCCGCUACGAGGACAACGAUCUGGAAAGGGGGUACACGGUAUUUAGAAUAGAAGUACUGGUAAAUGGAAGAAGACAUGUUGUUGAAAAACGGUACAGUGAGUUCCAUGCUUUGCAUAAAAAGUUGAAGAAAAGUAUAAAAACGCCGGAGAUUCCCUCAAAACAUGUACGAAACUGGAUCCCGAAGGUACUUGAACAGAGACGGCAGGGCCUGGAAUCUUACUUGCAGACUAUCAUUGUUGAAAAUGAAGAACUACCCAAAAUUUUUCUCGAUUUCUUGAAUGUUCGCCAUUUGCCUUCUCUGCCGAAGGCUGAAAGUUGUGGAUCCAUUGAAGAUAUUGAUUCAGAGGAACCAAGCAAACUGUCUCACCAACCUGUCCUGCUUUUCCUAAGGGAUCCAUAUGUCUUGCCUGUAGCCAACGAUAACGCUGCCAACGUGGUGAUCGAAGGCGUUCUACAUGGGCUAUUUUACCCCCAUCUGCAGACCAGCUAGAGAUGUGGUGCACCUGCCAGUUUAUAUCAGUACAGAUUACUCUGAUGCCAUCGGAGAACGGAGCCACUUUUUUAAUAUUGUUUAACCAUUGUGCUGCCAGUCCUUCUUGUGUGAAGGAAUUACAUUUUCGUAUGGAUUCUAACCAUGAAAAAAGGGAAUGUUGGAAGAAAAAAAACAUAUUGUAGUGAUAUUGUGCCAACCAGUAUCUUAUUUUUUGUUACACGUGGUUUACGAGACCCGAUUCAUCUCGCACACAUAUAUACAACAGGAAUUCUAAUGUAGUCUAUGGAUUUAUGGCGAUUUUGUAAGUUUAACCUUUUGUAUACCAGAACGCUAACAGCUGAGGACCGCCUUUUCUGUUGAAUAACCAUAUUAUGUGCACUUCAGACAUGGUACA